AUGUCGGUGUUCGAUCCAUUUGGUAUGUUAGCAGCAUUUUUAAUUACUACUAAAAUUCUCAUUCAAGAAGCGUGGAAGUGCGAGAUUGGCUGGGAUGAAGUUCUGCCUCAAGAACUAAACAAGAUAUGGUGGCACUGGUGGCAAGAGUUUCCUAACGUGAAGCAGUUGAAAAUACCCCGCUGUUAUUCGCCGCAAAUCUUACAUGGUGGCAAGGUAGAAAUCCACACUUUCGUCGACGCCAGUCAAGUCGCAUUUGCUGCGGUAGUAUACGUUCGAGUACUUCAUAUUAAUGGAGUUGACGUUCGCUUCAUUAUGGGCAAAACACGCACAGCACCAGCGGAACUGAUGUCGAUCCCGAGACUCGAGUUACAGGCCGCAGUAUUGGGCACCCGCUUGUACAAGCUCAUCGAGGACAGCCACGAGGUCAACAUAGGGCGAGCAGUUUUUUGGACCGACUCCCAGACGGUUCUGCAAUGGGUGCAUUCGUCCGAAAGAAAGUAUAAGGCAUUCGUCGGCCAUCGUAUAGCCGAGAUUCACAACGGCACAACGGCAAAAGAGCAGUGGCGAUGGGUGUCAACUUGUCAAAAUGCAGCAGACGUAGCAACACGCCCCUUGUGUCCACCCAAGUUCGACAGUAGCAGCGAGCAACAAUACUAUUUCGAAAACAGAGCAACAGUACAACACCAAUGUCGCCAAGCCUCACAGCGAGACUGCUUUUCGAGCGAGAUCGCUGGUUUGUCAGUCGGCGGUAAAAUCGCCAAAAGAAGUUCGCUGUAUAAGCUUUCGCCGUAUCUCGACCAAAGUGGCCUAUUAAGAUUGAGCGGACGCAUCGACGAGGCAACAUACCUACCAAUGCAAGCACGACGACCGAUAUUAAUGCCUGCCAAACAUAUCGUGUCAACCCUGAUUGUACAACAUUUUCACAAAAUAAAUCAUCACCAGAAUUCCGCAAUCACCAUUAAUGCCAUCCGACAACAGUUUUGGAUACCGAAUUUGAAACCGCUCCUCAAGGCAGUUCAGCAAAGGUGUCAACAGUGUAUGAUCGACAAAGCAAAGCCAAACCAACCUAUGAUGGGUCAGCUGCCGGUCAACCGCAUAACUCCUAUUAACGUCACCAUCGGUAUGCGCAAGGAGAAAAGGUGGGGCGUUAUAUUCACCUGCCUGACAGUUCGAGCUGCACACAUAGAGCUAGCUACCGACUUGAGUACCGAUGCGUUCAUUUUAUGCCUGCGGAAUUUUGUAAACCGACGUGGAACGCCGUCCAGAAUAAGGAGCGAUAAUGGGACAAAUUUUAUUGGCGCACAAAGGGAGUUGAGGGCAGCUGAGCAGUUGUUAGUCACUGACCGCAUUCAAGCCGAGGCUGGCAGACACAACAUCGAGUGGAUAUUUAACUGUCCGCUGAACCCCAGUUCGGGAGGCUGCUGGGAGCGCUUGAUAAGGAUUAUAAAGUCGCUGUUAAGCAAGACGUUGCGUGAGGUAGCCCCAAGACCCGACACUCUGCACAGCGUGUUAAUAGAAGCGGAAUAUAUCAUCAACUCCCGACCGCUAACUGACCUGCCUAUAAGCCAUGAAGAAGAUGAGCCGUUAACACCCAAUCACUUCUUAUUGGGAUGCGUUAAUUCAACGCAGACGCCGCACCCAGUUGACGAGAAGAUUUGCCUAAGGAAGCAGUGGAGAAUCGCGCAAAACAUCAAGGACCGGUUGUGGAAGCGAUGGACAGCCGAGUACCUGCCUAAGCUAUUGUGCCGUACUAAGUGGCAGGACAAAGCAAUACCGCUUCAAGCGAACGACCUGGUGAUAUUGUGCGACUCAACGCUGCCCCGUAGUCAAUGGGUACGCGGCCGCAUAACUCAAGUUUUUCCCACCAAAGACGGACAAGUACGUAUCGUGGAGGUGCGAACGAAGAGCGGACUACCACGCAGACCAGUUUCGCGUUUAGCAAAGUUAGAAGUUGGUGGUGAAUCCUAUGAGAAUUCACGGGGGGCGGGGUGUUAG